AUGGCGCAGGGUGAGAGCAAAGUCCCCCUCCUACAGCCUGGCAGAGGGACUCCUGAGGCUGUGGGCAUGGACCGGGAGCGUUGGCAGGGGGAGGCAGGAGCUCCAAAGCUACGCAGCGGGAGGGCCGCUCCUCUGCUUGGCAAGCGGGACCAAGGCUGGGCAGUGCGCACCCUCCGGGACAUCCAUGCCUGCAGUGCCCUUUCCUCUCCAAGGCUUCCAGCCCUGCUCAGCAGCCAGCUGCUCUGCUCUUUCCAGGUCUGCUUUGUGUGUGGCGAGAGGGGGGCCACCAUCACCUGCCAGGAGAUGGGCUGCGACCGCAGGUUCCAUCUCCCCUGUGCCGUGGAGGGCGGAUGUGUCACUCGUUACCUCCUGCCGCACAGGUACCAUCUCUACCCUUAUCCCCAUCACCGGGGAAGGACCCAGCGUUUCUCAUCUCACCCAUCCCUUCCUUCUUCCCCUAGUUCCUUCUGCUGGGAGCACCGUCCACAGCAGCAAGAGCUGGCGGCUCCAGAGAACACCAAGUGCCUCAUCUGCAUGGAUCCUGUUGAAGGCAGAACGACCUAUGGGACCAUGGUGUGCCCAGCCUGCAAACAAGCCUGGUUCCACAGGGCCUGCAUCCAGGUAGCAGCUGUUCCCUUGGUCCGGACACGGCAGGCUCUCAGCAGCAGCAGAGCCUCACUCACGCUCCUUCUGUUUCUCCUGCAGGGACAGGCUCUGCGUUCUGGCGCUUUUUGCUUGCAGUGCCCUCUGUGUCAAAAUAAGAGAGUGUUUCUAACAGAAAUGCUCCACGUGGGGAUCCGAAUCCCAGAGAGGUUGGUGUCCUCCUGGCCAGCACUGCGUCACACCUGGACCUGCCCCCGCAGUUAUGGCCCUCCGCUGACCCCCAACUCCAGGCUUUAG